CCACCCGUUUGAGCGCAGCACUGAGGCAUAGCUAACGCGGGACGUGAGAUUUAGCGUGUGAUUUGCUAGACCUGAGCAAUAGGGAAACAUCAGGAAACAUGUUGAAUGCUGACAGCAGUGAAAACAAAAUUCAGGUUCAUGUGACAACAAGAAGAGAUUGUGAUGUGAAGCGAUGACGCUCGCACGUAUUAAUUUAACAGUGUAAAUUUAGUGAAGGUGUAGCAGACCAUGUCUGUUGCCCAAAAUAUCUUGCGAUUACAAAAUUUUGAAUAAGUAUGAUGUAAUUAUUCAACAAAUGUGAAUUUUUUUUCAUAUAAUGUUGUUCACACACACGGUUUCACUGAUCUAUUGCUGAUGUGAAACAUCAUGCUCUUAUCACUUGUGCCUUCAAAACAUUUCCUUCAUAAUUUAUGAUAUUUGGCUAAUUAUUCUCCAAAUAUAAACUUCAUGGGAAGUUCUUUGUAAAUUUAUUUAUAUUUUACUUAAAUAUUAUAUUUUGCUUAAUGCAUUUAGUAGGAAUGAUUGUUAACAUAUUAUAAUUGAAUUAAACCAUUCAUUAUUAAACUGUCAAAGUUUAUACAUGAACUUUUUCUUUGUGCUAAUGUUAAAUAACUCUUAAGUAAUUAAGUGAAUUAUUUCAUAUUACAUUCAUCUUCUGAGUAUAGAUUGUGAAUACGAUUUAAAUCUUGUAACAGAUAACCAAUGUUUUAGAUGUGUGAAAAAUGUUUAUACAAUGGAAAUAAAGAAAAGUUUUUAAUCAUAUUAUUUACAUCAUGCGGCAUAGUUUACUGAUAUUCACUCUAAUAUUUACAAUACUUUCUUUUAACUUUAUAUUUUUUUAUAAAAGCCUAGAUGCCCAGUGUCCUAUUGCUGUAAAUCCUCAUCAGCAUCUCAAAGUUAAAGAGGAGCAUUUCCUAGUUAUAUUAAUAUUAUCUUCUUUUGAUAAUAUUCAACGUAGAAAUGUUUUAAGAAAUGCAUGGCUUCAGUGGUGUAAAGAUAUGGAAGUGAAGUAUUUCUUUGUUAUUGCCACAAAAUCCAUUUCUCAAUCUAAUAAGAAGGAAAUUAAUAAUGAACAAGAUCAUUUCAAAGAUCUCAUGUUACUUGAAAGUGUUGAAGAUUCAUAUGGUCGUUUAACUUUAAAAGUCCUUCAAGCAUUUGUAUGGCUUGAAGAAAACGUGAAGUAUAAGUUUACUUUGAAGUGUGAUGAUGAUUCUUUUGUGAACGUACAAGAACUGAUAAAGUUAUUGAAGAAUUAUGAAGAAGAUCCUGAUCACCUUUACCUAGGAUUUUUCAGUGGUCAUGCUACUGUUCAAAAAGAAGGAAAGUGGAAAGAAAGUAACUGGAUAUUGUGUGAUUACUACUUACCGUAUGCCUUGGGUGGAGGUUACAUUUUAUCUCAAGAGCUCACAAAUUUCAUUGCCCGAAAUGCAAAGGAUUUACAAUUGUUUCUGAGUGAAGAUGUAUCUGUGGGAGUGUGGCUGGCUAGCAAGGCACGAGUCAACAGAGUUCACAGUCCUCAAUUCAACACAGAGUUUAAGUCGCGAGGCUGCUCCAACUCGUACAUUGUCUCACAUAAGCAUUCAGAAGUAGAACAAAAGGAAAUGUUCAAUAAUUUAAAGUUGACUGGAAAAAUGUGUAAAAAAGAAUUCCAAAUACGACGAUCAUAUAAUUAUAAUUGGAAUGUACCUCCGACCAAAUGCUGUCAAAGAACUAAUGAAAUUCCUUAGUAUGUGUUGUAUUUAUUAUUCUGUAAUUUUUUAAUUUAAUUUUCUCUUUUAUAUGAUAAGACGCAGAAGGUAACAAUAAAAAUAAUGUGCAAGAACAAUUUACAAGUCCUUUAAAGUGCCAAUUUAACUGAAAUGACAUGUAUUAUUUUGUAAAUGGAAUAUAAUAUAUACAGAGAAUAUGAAUAAGAUAUCUCUUUAAUUGAUUCAAUGUUGGUAGAUCCAAAUUUGAUCUGGAGAGGUCGUAAAUUUUAUAAUGCAGAUC